GUUGUGUUUGCUUCCAGAGAGCGCUGUCUGCUGCCUCUACAGAUGGCUCUGGAGUCAAAAAACACCAAACUGGGACAGACCGCACUUACUGGCAUGCAGAAGCUCCUGUGUGAGGACAGGUUUGUGGGUGGAGCUAGCGUGGAGGUGGAGGCACUGGAGAAACAGCUGCUCAGCCAGAUGUUGGAGGCUAUCAGAGUUACCCCAUCUCUCCAUGAAGACUUGCAGGUGGAAGUUAUGAAAGUCCUGCUCUGUAUCACCUACUCACCAAACUUUGACAUUAAUGGAGACUCCAUCCUCCGGAUUGCUGAGGUGUGCAUCGAGACCUACGUGUCCAGCUGUCACCAGCGCAGCAUCAACACGGCGGUGAGAGCCACGCUGAGCCAGAUAUUGGGAGACCUGACGCUACAGCUCCGCCACAGACAGGAGGGUGCAGAUGGAGACGAGGUGACUGCACCGCCGCUGCAGAGACGAGAUAUUUCUCCCACCAGCCAAGCUCUGUGUGAAGAUGUGGUCACGGUUCUGACCGUUUUCUGUGAAAAGCUGGAGUCAGUGGACAGGAAGCAGCUGUGCCCAUCCCUGGUGGCAAUCAUGGGCAAUCCCGUCAAUGACAAAACUAUUGCUUCCCACCACGGCUACUCAGCGGCAUCAGACCGAGACCGCCUCUCAGAGAGACUCAGUUUAGGAAUGGGCCAGGAGGUGGACUCCUCCUGCGGAGGACUGUCCGAUCAGGGCAGAGGUUCUGGCUGCUCCUCUAGCGCCCCUGCCAGGAUUGCACCAGUAGUGCGCACAGUUUGCUACAUUGCAGCAGAGCUGGUGCGUCUGGUGAGCUGCGUCGAGUCGAUGAAACCGGUGCUCCAGUCGCUCUACCACAGGAUCCUCCUCUACCCUCCUCCUCAGCACCGCACCGAGGCCAUCCGCAUCAUGAAGGAGAUUCUGGGCAGCCCCCAGCGUCUGUAUGACCUCGCCGGUCCCUGCAUGGCUGAGCCUGAGACCAGGAAGCGAUCAUUCUCAAAGAGGAAGUCCCACCUGGACCUGCUCAGACUAGUGAUGGAUGGGAUGACAGAGGCUUGUAUGAAAGGAGGCAUCGAGGCAUGUUACUCCUCCGUCUCUUGUGCCUGUGCUCUUCUCAGCGCACUGGAUGAGCUGUCACAGGGCCGCGGCAUCCAGCCUGAGCAGGCUCGGCUUCUCCUCAGACGACUGGACGAUCUGAAAGAUGGAACCGAGUCGACGCGUGAGUCCAUGGAGAUCAACGAGGCCGACUUCAGGUGGCAGAGACACAUCCUGUCCUCAGAGCAGCCUCCGUGGGACCCCAGCUCUUCUUCCUCCAACGUGGCCACCACCGGCACCGCUGAGCGUAGCCCCGACAUCAGCAUCAGCAUCACCACGGAAACGGGCCAAACCACCCUGGAUUUAGAGGUGGGAGAGCUCGGCCACGCUGUGGGCCACACCAGUCCGGAGGAGUGUGGAGAGGACGCUCGGCUCCCUUCGCCUUCUUUCUGCGGCGAUCAGGAGGAAACCAAACACGAGCCGAUGCCCGGGUCCGACCAGGGAGGCCAGAAGGAGGAAGGAGGGGUGCCCACAGGGGAGGUGGAGGGAAGAGGAGAGAAAGAAAGAGGUGGAGGCGGAGAGAGAGGAGGUGCAGUUCCUCCAGAUGUGGUGCAAAGGAGUCACGCCCUCGUCUACCCCGACAUCACGAACUUCCUGUCUGUGGAAUCCAGGUCUCGGUCGCACCACGGAGGAGGGUCACGAUACAGCGAGAGCAACUUCAGCAUGGAGGAGCAGGACCUGUCACGGACAGAGUUUGACUCGUGCGAUCAGUACUCCAUGGCUGCUGAGAAAGACUCUGGCCGCUCUGACGUCUCCGACAUCGGGUCCGACAACGUGUCGCUGGCCGACGAGGACCAGCAGUUGUCCCGCGACUUCCCAGUUCACCGCUCCCUGCGCACUGCCGCCCUGUCCCUCAAGCUGCUCCGCAACCAAGAGGCUGACCAGCAAAGCGCCAGACUGUUCGUGCAGUCUCUGGCUGGACAGCUGCCCCGCCUGCUGGGGCUGCCCACUGCCACGGAGGUGGACCUGUCGCUGCAGAACUUCUCUUCCACCUUCUGCUCUGGACUGCAGGCUGGUGGGAUUCAUUCCCCAGGUUUCGAGACAGGCGACACUCUGAGCUGCCAGUCUCUGAUGAACGCAGACGGCCUUUACCUGGUGUCUUACUACGCUCUGCUGCUCAAUCUCAAACUCUGCUGCUGCGGCUACUACAGGCGGCGAACGCUCACGCCCGUCCUCAGCCUGAAGGAGUUUGUGCGUCUGAUCCAGAGCAGCGGCGUCCUCGUGGUUCUGUCUCAGGCCUGGAUCGAGGAGCUUUACCACCAGGUGUUGGAGCGCAACCUGCUGGCUGAGUCUGGGUUCUCGGGUUCUUCAGAGGACCACACACUGCCGCUUAUCACCAUGCUGACAGACAUUGACGGCUUGGGCAGCAGUGCAAUCGGAGGUCAGCUGAUCAGGAGAGCGUCGAGCCACGCGCCGCUCGGCUGUGAAAAGCCGUGCAGUGACGCCGUGAUGGCAGGAGCUGUGUUCUCACGCUUCAUCCUCACCGGUGUUUGGAAAAACCUGAUCGAUGUUCUGUCCACACCGCUGACCGGUCGCAUGGCGGGCAGCUCCAAGGGCCUGGCCUUCAUCCUGGGGGCAGAGGGGGUCAAAGAGCAGAGCCAGAGGGAGAGAGACACCAUCUGCCUGAGUUUAGACGGCCUGCGUAAAGCUGCUGCGCUCAGCUGCGCCCUGGGUGUGGCUGCCAACUGUGCUUCGGCUUUAGCCCAGAUGGCUGCAGCCUCCUGUGUGCAGGAAGAGAAGGAGGAGAAGGAGGUGGGGGAGACGGGAGACGCUAUCGCACAAGUGAAGCAGCGUGUUGAGCAGCGUCUGGAGCAGAUCGGCCGUCCUCAGGGAGUUCGCCUCCAUACAGCUCAUGUGUUGUGCAUGGACGCCAUCCUGAACGUUGGCCUGGAGAUGGGCAGCCACAACCAUGACUGCUGGCCUCACGUGUUCAGGGUGACCGAGUACAUCAGCUCACUGGAGCACACCCACUUCAGCGAUGGCUCUGCCCAGCCGUCCUCUCUGACCACAAUCACCCAGCAGAGCCAGCAGAUGGCUGGCAUCGACCUCGGGCUGGAGUUGAGCUGCGAACCCAGCCCCGAGGCCUCGGACCUGAGCCUGAGCCAGCCGGUCAUCCAGCCGCUUUCCAUCCAGGAGCUGCUGAAGGAGAGCGGCAGAGGGGGCCGAGGCCUGGACCUGAAGAGCGGCAGCCUGAUGACCGGCACCAGCGCCGCCAAGGCCGUGUGCACGCUGUCAACACAGGCCGACAGGUUAUUUGAAGAAGGCACCACCAAACUAAACCUGGUUGGUCUGGUUGGUUUCCUGCAGCAGCUCAGAAAAGCUUCUCAGUCUCAGCUGUUUGACUCUCCCACCGAGACUGGAGACUAUUCACUGGCAAUGCCAGGAGAAGCCAAGUCAACGUUGGACCGGCGCAGCGCCCUCCAUCUCUUCCGUCUGGGUGAGGCCAUGCUGCGAAUCGUCCGGAAUAAGAACCGACCCCUUCUCCACAUGAUGAGGGCCUGGAGUGUGGUGGCGCCUCAUCUGGUGGAGGCUGCGUGUCACAAAGAGCGCCACGUAUCCCAGAAGGCCGUUUCCUUUAUCCACGAUGUUCUCACAGAGGUGCUGACGAGCUGGGCGGAGCUCCCACACUUCCACUUUAACGAGGCGCUGUUCAGGCCUUUCGAGCACAUCAUGCAGCUGGAGCUCUGCGACGAGGACGUUCAGGACCAGGUAAUAACAUCGAUCGGAGAGCUGGUGGAGAUGUGCUCUCCUCAGAUCCUGUCGGGGUGGAGGCCUCUGUUCAGCGCCCUCAGGACGGUGCACGGUAGCAAGACUGACACCAAAGACUACCUGCUGGGAGAAUACUCCAUGGGGAAGUCUCAGGCGCCGGUGUUCGACGUCUUUGAGGCGUUCAUAAACACUGACAACAUCCAGGUUUUUGCCAACGCUGCCACAGACUACAUCAUGUGUCUCAUGAAGUUUGUCAAAGGAUUAGGAGAGGUGGACUACAAAGAGAUUGGCGACUGCGUUCAUGCGUCAGGUUACAGCUCCACCGACCUCUGCCUGCCUGCUCUCGACUACCUCCGCAAAUGCUCGCAGCUGCUGGCAAAGAUUUACAAGAUGCCGUCUAAGCCGGUGUUCCUGGGCGCGCGGCUCGCCAGCCUGCCGAUGAGAUCGCAGGAGCGCUCGAUCAGCAGCGAGGACGGCGUGGACUGCGUCCUCCAGGAGUUUGAUGACGACACAGGUCUGAUCCAGGUGUGGAUUUUAUUACUGGAGCAGCUCACCGCAGCCGUGUCCAACUGCCCUCGACAGCACCAGCCUCCAACGCUGGAGCUGCUCUUUACUCUGCUCAGAGAAGUCACCGCAGUGCCAGGUCCAGGGUUUGGCAUCUUCGCUGUCAUCCAGCUGCUGCUUCCCGUGAUGUCACUGUGGCUGCAGCGUAGCCACGGUGACCACUCUUAUUGGGACGUGGCUGCAGCGAAUUUCAAACACGCAAUCGGCCUAUCCUGCGAGCUGGUGGUGGAGCACGUCAACAGUUUCAUACACUCAGGUCGGUGGUGCGCGUUUCCCUCUAGUUAUAAUCUCAGUGCACAUUUGCACAUGCAACACCUGCCAUACACGAGACAGCUGUUCUACAUCACUGAUACAGACUCGCACGCAGUUUUGUACGCUUUCCAAGUCCACGGUUGUCCUGCGUCUCUCUCCAGGUACGUGUUGGUCACAGUGGGUCCAGUGUUCACAGAAGAAAUGUGGAGGUUGGCCUGCUGCGCUCUCCAGGACGCGUUCUCUGCCACGUUAGAGCCGGUCAAGAACCUUCUGGCGUGUUUUCACAGCGGCUCGGACAGCUUUUCUGGAGACGCCUGCGAGGUGAAGGUGGCGGCUCCUUCUCAUUCACCGUCAGCCGAGGCCGAGUACUGGAGGAUCAAAGCUAUGGCCCAGCAGGUCUUUAUGUUGGACACUCAGUGCUCCCCUAAGACGCCCAACAACAAGGAAGGCUUUGAGCACGCUCAGUCCUGCGUCCUCAUCAUCGAGCUGCCGUCUGACCAGCAGUCCAAUGGACACGCUCAGAAGAGUGACUGUGGGGGAAAUGUAAAGAGGAUCCUGUACGAGGAAGAGGAGGGGAGCUCAGACUCCUCUCAUCCUGGCUCCGCCUCCUCGGAGGAUGAAGACAUAUUUGAAGAAACCGCACAGGUCAGCCCCCCUCGCGGCCGGGAUAAGCGUCACCCGUGGCGAGCUCCAGUCCCUUCACUCAGCGUGCAGCCGCUGGGCAGCGCCGACUGGGCCUGGCUGGUCAAGCGGCUCUACAAGCUGUGCGUGGAUCUGUGCAACAGCUACAUUCAGAUGCACCGCGACCUGGAGAGCAUGCUGGAGGAGACUGCUCUGCUGAGGGGAAGUGCAGGAGGCGACCAUGUGUUCUUCCUGCCUCUCUUCCAGUCCGAGACUUCGACCCCGACCUCAGCAGGCGGGCUUUCAGCGAGGGAGACGCCCUCGGAGGAAGGCGGGUACAGGUGUCAGACGACAGACGUGAGCUCAGCGUCACCGGGGGACACACCGACGCCAAGUCCAGGAUUCAGGUCGGAGAUCGCGCAUAUUAAUUCUGACUCCUCGUUCCUGGCGCUCCAGCCGGCGCUCUACCCCUGCCUCAGCCAGCUCUCCUGCCACGUGACCGACGCCCGCGUUCGCCAGGCCCUGCGCGAAUGGCUGGGCCGGGUCGGCAGACUCUAUGACAUCAUUGUGUGAUGUCGCAGCGACGAAACGCGAAAGCAGCGGCCGGAGGCGGCAAAGUGUCGGUCAGUGAGGGACAUAAACAGAUGAAAUCAGAAAUGCUGCAGUAGAUUUUAGGAGCUGGUGAAUGAUCGAUGGUCAGGCAGUCAUUAAGUGACGUCAGUAUGAAGGAUUUGUUUCCUGAUGCAGGAUACGGUACGAGGAAUAAAAAUGUAACAGGCUUCUCUAUAUUAUUUGAAA